AUAAAUUAGUUUUAGUACGUUUAAUCGUGCGCGUUAUAUUCCCUGAUAUAGGGAUAACAGUCCAAAAUACCAUCGGGGUUAGGGGCCGUACACAUAUUACCAUAAGCAACAUAACACACAACAUACUUUCAUUAUUUUGUUUUGCCAUAUGCAAGUGGAGAGUUGCGCGGGAUGAAUGUUGAAUGUGACGAUUCCAAAACAGGAUUUUUAACGGCACAAGAAGCUUUAGCUUGGCAUCACCAGCGCUGGCGCAAAACCAAAUUCUGCGUCAAUGGAUUGGAUCAGCUAACUGGUGGAGGAAUAAGCUCACGUGGCGUAGUAGAAAUUGCCGGUGAUCCCGGUUCUGGGAAAACUCAACUUUGUCUCCAUCUAGCACUGGUUUGUCAGAUACAGAACGAAUCCCGCAAUGGGAUUGUUUACGUGAGUACCGAGCAUCCCUUCCCUUCGAAGCGACUGGUCCAAAUGGAACAAGCUUUAAAGCGAAAUGGUGUUGGUAUGGGCGAAGGCAAGAAGUUUACCGACAGCGUUUUUGUCGAACAUUUGAACACGGCUGAAGCCCUCGAAGAGUGCAUCAAUCAACGACUACCCGUCCUGCUGGAGAACAAUCCCAUCUGUCUGCUAAUAAUCGAUUCCAUAACGGCGGUUUACGCCGACGAGCUGAACUUCGUGGACCGCGCCCAGUCGUUCCGGCGGGUGGUCACCGCGCUGCACGCCCUGCAAGAUCGGUUCGACUUCGCCAUCGUUUGCACCAAUCAGGUGCGCUCGGUUGUCGACAGUUCCACCUUGGACGAUGAGCGAAUUGUUCCCGCCAUGGGGCUGGCAUGGGGCAGUUUGGUGCACACGAGAUUUCAGCUCAGCAGAAUGGCGGGUAGUGGCGAGCGGAAAUGUCAGCUCUUGUUCAGUCCUACGGCGGCCCCAGGGCAAUGCUAUUUUACGAUUACCGAAGCAGGGAUUUCGGAUGCCGCUUGAGUAACACGAUCGGGGUUGUUGGAUUCACAGUUUUUCUUUUAAUUGUACAUUUAAAAUAUAGAAUUUUACUCGUA